ACUUCAUUGGCAUAUUUAAUAUAUUUACUGACAGUAAAUCAGUAACAAGAGCUGUUCUUUGAGAAAAGAUAGCAGCGUAUUCUUUGUCAUGUGACAGAUGACUUCUCUGUAAGUGUAUUAGCUUCACUUACAAAGCCAACUGAGUCUCCAGGCUACCCAGCUGUGAUCUUAGAAUAUCACAACCAUGGAUCCAAAAGAGAUGAAUGAGGUUCUGGAUGAGAAGCUGGAAGAAAAUGAAAAGACCGCUCUUUCGGAUCGGACAUUUAUGUAUGAUGGAGUGCUAUAUCCUAAAAUGGUCACCUGCCCAGAAACUCUGAAAAGGGUUUGCACUUUUAGAGCUCGGGGAGAUGAUGUCAUAUUAGUGGCAUACCCUAAAACAGGUUCAAACUGGGUUGGACAGAUUUUAACACAGCUGGAAGUUGCCUCUGGAAAGUAUGAUGAAGAUGAACAGAAGCAGAGGCAGGAAAAAAUGUCACCAUAUCCUUUCCUUGAAUUUGGAGAUCCAGGGAAAUUUGAGAAGUUGGAAGAACUGCCUUCCAGAAGAGUUAUAAAAACACACCUCAUUCCUCAAAAGUUGCCCAAGUCAUUUUUUGAAAAAAAGGCAAAAAUCCUGGUUUUGUUUCGGAAUCCAAAGGACACAGCUGUAUCUUUCUUCCAUUUUGCCAAAGGCAUGCAACUGAUUUCUGACCAGGAAACCUGGGAUGAGUUCUUUGAAGAUUUUAUCAUUGGAAAAGUGGCCUAUGGAUCUUAUUUUGAUCAUAUUCUUGAAUGGAACAAGUAUAUGGAUAACAGCAAUAUAUUUUUUAUUACCUAUGAGGAAAUAAAAGAGAAUGCAGCCUUAGCACUGAAAAAGAUAGCGGAAUUCUUUGAUUUUUCUGUGACUGAAGAAGAGAUUGAAACCAUUGUACAGAAAACAAGUUUUGAAACCAUGAAAAAUAAUGUGGCAAAAAGUUAUGGAAAAGUGGGCCAGAUUCUUUUCCGCAAAGGCAUAGUAGGUGACUGGAUGUCUGUCUUCUCAGAAAGCCAGAAUGAAAAAAUGGACAGAAAAUUUGAGGAGAGUGUAGCAAAAACUAAGCUUGGAAUAAUGUUGAAAUAUGAGCUGUACUGCAAAAACUGAAGAGGUCCUCAGUGCUACAAAUCUCUCACGGUUAAGUGAGCUUGUACAGGAGGAAUUCUUCCUCCAUCUCAUCUUGAUGUUUACAUUUUCGAUGCUAUAUACUUGUUUUUAAGUGGAAGAACUGUUCCAGAAUUAAUAAAAACCUGUACUUACCUGUAAAAUGAA